AGAAAAAACAAAAAACUUUGUGGAAGAACGUUCACUAGCCUUGAACUGUCCCACGUGAACUAAACUAGUUUCGGUCUGACAAGAUGGGUGAUAUGUUUCCACCACGUUUGAAGAAGUUCUGGGACAAAUGGAACAUUCGUGGAAUCAUAAUCCUUAGUCUCUUCCUCCAAACAAUCCUUAUCUUCUUUGCACCGAGCCGAAAACGCACAGCAAACAAGCUCUUCCUCGUGCUCAUAUGGUCAGCUUAUCUUCUUGCUGAUUGGGCGGCCGAUUACGCUGUGGGCCAGAUCUCAGACAGUCAAGAAGAAGCUGUCGAGGAACACGACAAGACCCGCGAGCUGUUAGCGUUUUGGUCACCGUUCCUUCUCUUGCACCUUGGAGGUCCAGACACCAUUACAGCACUUGCCCUGGAGGAUAAUGAGCUUUGGGACAGACACUUGUUCAGUCUCGUCUGUCAAGCGGUCGCUACUGUCUACGUGAUCUUGUUGUCCACACCGAACAGGCUUCUGACUCCAACGGUGAUCAUGCUCUUCGGCGGAGUGAUCAAGUAUUUCGAGAGAACAACAGCACUGUUCUCAGCGAGUCUCGACAAGUUCAAGGAAUCUAUGCUCAAUGAUCCUGAUCCUGGUGCUAACUACGCGAAGCUCAUGGAGGAAUAUGCAGCUAAAAUGGAUAUGAAUAUACCAACGGAGGUCGUUUUUGUGGAGGAUCCAGAGAAAGGGCGUGAAGGCAAUACUCCUGUUAAACCCAACGAUGAUCUGACCAACCUUCAAGUUGUUCAGUAUGCUUUCAAGUACUUUAACAUCUUCAAAGGUCUCAUUGUUGAUCUUAUCUUCACUAACAAGCAACGCGACGAGAGCAGGAAGUUCUUCGACUCUCUCUCCCCAGAGGAAGCUCUAGGCAUCAUCGAAGUCGAGCUCAGCCUCAUCUAUGAAAGCCUCUUCACAAAAGCAGAGAUUCUUCAUAACUUGACAGGGUCUGUGUUCCGGGUUAUAGCUCUAGCCUGCCUUGUCUCCUCACUCUGUCUCUUUACUCUUAAAAACGAGGCUAAAUACUACGAUGGAUUCGAUGUUGCUCUAACUUACGCGCUGCUCCUAUGUGGCAUAGCUCUUGAUUCCAUUGCUCUUCUCACGUUCUGUGUCUCUGACUGGACCAUCGCUACACUGAGGAGUCUAAAGGAGGACCCGGAUGAGAAAGACCCUUGGGCUUGGGGAGACGGAUUUCUCAACUGGAUCCUCGGUUUCAGGACCAUAAGGUGGAAAGGAUGUGAAUGUUUCGUAGAUGGACAUGAAGUAACGAAAAAAAGACAUGAAGUACUCGACGGGAACUGUAUGUUUCGAAGAUGGUCGGAGUAUGUUCAUGCUUACAACUUGAUUGGUUACUGCUUGAAGAUACGUCCCAAGAGAAUCCAUCCUACCAAGGGACUCUUACACUGUUUCACUACUCCAUGCUCCUUCGGAACUCGCCAGUUUUGUAACUGGAUUCACCGUACUCUAAGCAACUUGUGCAAUUGCAAUUGCAGCAACCGUCCAGUUAAUUUUAUUCGUCAACAGUUUGUACGUUUAAUCAACAAAGUCCUAGAGACAUUCGAUCUCAAAGAGUUGGUCGAAGAGCUAAGAUUCACAAACAGUGACCGACUCACCAAAGAGCUAUGGAGGUUUAUAUUCGAACAGGUGAAACACAAACACCGUUUUGCUGAAGAUCCAGAGAGUGCCACGAGUAUAUCUUCAGCUAGAGGAGACUGGACUCUAAAUGAAACAUCAAGCAAAACGACAGAAGGAGGACCAGACCAUGCGAAGCUUCUGACAUAUGUGACGGAAAAGGAUUACGACCAGAGCAUCCUCAUCUGGCACAUAGCUACAGAACUCUUGUACCAAAUCCCCAUAG